AUGAGUUUAACUCUCAUCGAUUUAAUCAUUGCAUGUUUAACAGGAAGAGAAAAACCACUGAAAACUCUUCGUCUACAUGCACCAAAGAGUCAUUUUCUAACAAGUCUAUUUGAACAAUUAAAAUCACAAUUUAAAUACCAUUCAAAAACGACGGUGACAACAGAAAAUUAUCCUAACUUUGUGAAAAGUUCUCGAUUUGAACAUUGUUGGGAUUCUGAUAUUGAACUGAAAACAUUUGAACUCAUUCAACAUGAAAAAUUAAAACAUUUAGAAUUGACGGGGAUAAAAUUAGACAAUGGGCCAUUAUAUUAUUUAAAUGGAGCAUUGAAACUCGAACCACAAUCGACAUUAUCAGCUGUGAAACCAAUGGAUUGUUUAGCAUUUGAAUUUACGUAUGAUUCGAUUUCAGGUACCGGUGAUGUUAUCGAUCAACAGCUAUUUGAUUCAAUCAGAUAUCAUUGA